AUGGCUUUAAUGCCAAUUGUUAAAGUAGUCGAUCUAUAUCGUCACGAAUUGUUUGAUAAUGGUUUUGGUAUUGAAUGGAUGGACGACAGUGACGAUGAACCAAGGAAAAUCAUUACCGAAGAAACAACAAAUGAGCAUGAUUCACAAAAUAAUGAUAAUCAUGUCAAUGGAAGACAUUCGCGAUCGAUUAUUACCGUUCGGUCAAUUGAUAAUAAAGCGACAUGUCUUCCUGCACAUAUCUGGAGAUCACUUGCUAAGAUUGUACCCGGUGAUGUUGUCGUCGAAUUAAAUGGCGUGAGUACAGCCGGACAAACAGUUGCUGAGUUUGAAAAAAAUCUCAAACUAUCCGGUAAUCGAAUUCGCAUACGAUUAAAGUCAGACAAUAGUGGUUAUUCAUCAACUACUCUAACUGGUACGACUUGGCAUUCGCCAUCAUCACACAACAACGAACAUUCGACUGACAAUAAGAUCUUAACCAACGGUCACUCACACAUUCGGUCAACAAUCAAUAAUCAUUCAAUGACAAAUGGAUACAAUAGUUCAACAAAAAGUCGUUCGUGUGAAAACAAUCUCGAUACAUGCGGUCGAAAAGUAUCGGAUGAGUUAGCAUCGUCAUCGUCAUCAUUAAUUGAUUUACCUACUCCAAUCGCCAACGGUAACACUGAUUACGACAAUCUCGCUACUGUCAAUGGUCAUGAGGAAGUCAAUGGCGAAAGUACAAUAAUUCGACCGCCAAUUACGAGAAUAUCCGUACAACCUCAAUCACCCAUAUCCGGCGGACUUGAUCAAAAAACGAAAGAUGAAAUUGAUGCGCGAUUAAAAGAUAUUGACGAUGAAUUCGAAUUCAAUAUUCCAGUUACUGCGGAAACAGUUAAUAAAUCAGUUGACUUGCCUUCAGCAAGACGAUUAGCAAAACGUCUUUAUUCAUUAGAUGGAUUCAAAUCAACCGACGUGAUGCGACAUUUAUGUAAAAGAACUCUUGCUUCCGACGAUUAUAAUGACGUUCGCCUAGGUGGUCAUGGAACAUUACAUGGUUACAGCAAUAUUGUUAAUCCAUUUUUAGAAAUUCCCGAUACCAGUAAAAGUAUUGAAUACAUGCAGGGUUAUCUUAUGCGCAAAUGUUGUGUCGAGUCCGAUGGAAAACGAACUCGAUUUCUACGUCGUGGAUGGAAAGCAUAUUACGCCAGUUUACGUGAUAUGGUUCUCUAUUUGCAUAAAAAUGAUCAACAACCUACAGCGAUCUUGAUUGGUGAUACAAAUGCUAUACGUUUACAUCAUGCAUUCGCUCAAGAAGCGGUGGAUUAUCGUAAACGACAGCAUGUUUUUCGUUUGAAAACGUCCGAUUGGGGAGAAUAUCUUUUUCAAACAAGUGAUCGUGAUCUCAUGAAUCAAUGGAUCGAUACGAUAAAUUUAGUUGCCGCAUCGUUUUCCUCUCCACCGUUACCAGCAGCUAUUGAUUCAGUCUCAUUGCGUUUUCAACGUCCGCUUUUGCCAAGCGUCCAAACACGUUAUUCGAUCUUUGAACAAUAUGAUUUUAUUGUACAUCAAAUCAACGAAUUAAGUAAACAAUUAAAUGAUUUGAGAAUUCAAUCGUAUGCAAAUAAUACAAUUAAUGGUGAUAUUAAACAAAUAAAAGCAUGUGAUAUGAUUGAAAAUAAAGAUAAAAUCGAUUAUCUUCAAUACGAAUUACAACGAUAUGAAGCAUAUGCGGAUCGUCUACGUCGACAUUUUCAACAACUACAAAUUGAUCAUUCAUCUUUGAAAACUAAUCUUCAUGAUCAUCAACAACAUCAUAGUUUUAUUGGACCUAUCGAAGCGUUCUUGGGCCUUAAUUCUCCUCAACAACAAACAUCUGUUAGUUAUAAAAAAAGUUCGCAAUCAGCCAAUAUUGCUUUAGCAAAUGCGAAUCGCUACAGUUAUAUGAUGGCUGUUAAUACACAUCCUGUAGCCAUCAAAGAACAUCGAUUAUAA